UGCUCCACCCAGUGGAUGAAUGUGGUAUUGCCUGGAAAGUUCAUGAACUUGCUGGUCCUGAUAAACAGGCAGUAUAAAGCUGAGAGACUCACAGCACUCGAGUCAAACCUAAACACACAACCAGAGAGAGACACAGAGAGAUUGAGAAGCAAAACAACAACAGAGAAGACACUGAAAAUGUUGAGCCUGCAUGGAUUUCAGCCUUCCCUCCUCACUCCAUUCAUGAGGAUUGACUGGCCAGUGUGCAGUCUGUGGCCGGAGAUCGAACCUCUUUACAGACACACUGACCUACUGCAGGAGAUGAGGAGAAGCCUGGAGAAACUACAGCACAAAAUCUCUGAGGAGAUCCAGCAAAUGUCAAACUCUGAGGAGAUCCAGCCGCUCACCUGUACAGUGCAGGAGAAAGAGGGAAGUGGCUUUGUGUUGACACUGGACACUAAAGACUUUUCUCCAGAAGAACUGUCAGUCAAACAGGUGGGCAGGAAGCUGCAGGUGAGCGGAAAGACAGAGAAGAAGCAGGAGGAUGGGAAAGACUCGUACUCGUACAGAAUCCAAGAGUUCAGACGUGUGUUUGAUCUGCCUGAAGGAGUGAAUCCUGAGACAGUGACCUGCUCCAUGACUGAUGGAAAGCUCUACAUACAGGCAUCAGUCAAUCAGAUAUCUGAAACACCUGAGAGGAUGCUGCACAUUCACUGCCCUCAAACUGUGAAGACAACACAGACAGAGACUGAAAAGAUUCAAAACAACACCACUGAAACACACAAGACUGAUCAGCAAUUUUAAAAACUCUCAAUAGAAGAUCAACUCAAUGAAUUUGGACUGUGUGGUCAAUUUGUAUAUUGUAUUUGAUUCACUUUUGCUGUUCAUUAUAAUUGUUUUGUACUCUUUGAAUAAUAUAAAAAUGUGAAAGAACAAAGAUUAUUUUGUUUUUUACUAAAUUGGGUAAAAUAAAAAAGUUUAACAUCCAAUUUCA